UUUCUUGAAUAGAGCACCAUCAUUUCAAGAGGCCUGGCAAGAAAAAGGGCAUCCAGAUUAAACCCCAACCAAGAAGCAAAACCAUCCAUGGGAAUCUCUGAGCGAGGAAGAUCAACUCGUUACCAAGUAAUUGAAGACGAAGACGAAAAUAGUUACAGUGAAAAUGCAGGAUCCGACUCGGAUUCUGGUUCGGAUAUUGACCCGAGUUAUAACAUUUUCGAGGACACUUAUGACAAGUUUUCAAAUCUUUCAAUAAAAAAGAAAUCAAAGCCACGUAUAACAAAAGACCCAGUGGAAUUGGAGGAUACAAGUUAUAAGUCUGACGAAAAAGAUCCCGAGGAAGUUCAUAAGAUUAUAGAAGCUGGCCAGCUAGAGAAGUUGAAAGUGGAGCAAUGUAAGAUUUACUUGAGAAAGAAUGGACUGAGGUUGACCGGAAAUAAAGAAACGCUUAUUCAACGGAUAAAGGAGCAUCAAGAGAUUCUAAAUGGUGGUGGUGAGAACAAGUACCCAGUGUCUAGCUUCGUGCUGAACUGUAAAGGUGAUGCGUGCACUGGUGAUGUUGUUAUGUUCGAACAGAAUGUUUAUGAAAUGUUUAAUAUAGCAUCACGAGCUGCUACUGGUCCCCCAUGCGGUACAAGAACUGUUGCAGGCCGUAUUGUGAAAGAAAGUUAUGGAGCUGCCAAGCAACAACACACGUUUACGAUAGAAGUCCUAUGGAGCAAAGGGGAAAAACCACUAGCUCCACUUCAUCCUCUUCUAAUUAAAGGUCGAAAUCUUUACCGAUUGAAGACUUUGCGACAGAGAUGGGAAGAUGAAGGAGAGAGGCAGAAGAUUUUAAUGGAAAAACAUUUGAGGGGUUCCCUUGCCAGGUCUGAUAGAGAACUGCGAAUCCAGGAAAAGGAAAGGAGGAAAGUUCUUAGGGCGACCAGAAUUAAGAGAAAGAAUGAGCCAUACAAUAACCAGUCCCAGUCAAAAUCAAACGUAAUUGCAAAUUCUGUAAUUCAGUUUCAUCAAUUGGGUUCAUCGGUUACUAUGGGGAAAGCAGCUCCUCAACAGCCUGGUGUUUCCAUUAAUCCAGGAAAUACAGAAACUCAAGUUCAGAAGUCAGAGUUAGUUAUUGCUUCAAGAAAACCAGUAAUUCAAUCCCAACAGUCAGGUUAUUCAGUGACUUCGGUUGUUGAUGCAGGAACUCUUCAACCUCAGCAGAAUAGAGGCCAGAUACAGGAUAGAAAUCAAAAUCAAAUUCCUCAGAAAGUGGAGAAAUCUGAUGUAAGUCAGGGCGAAGACUAUAGGCAGCCUAAUGUCUAUUCGACAUGGCAUCAGUGUUCAACUAAUGAUAACAAUUACCCCAAUAAAAGAUUGAGUGAGUCAUCUGACAGGAAUUAUCAUCAGUUGCCAUUGAGAAGCAAGAGGGAUGAUACUGCAAACUUCUUGCACCCUAACAUAUACAUGCAUAAUGCCAGCUUUCCAAUUAAUGACAAAAAACCAUAUACAAACCGGAUGAACGAGUCAUGUGAGCUGAAUUACCCGAUGUUACCUCUAAGGAGUAGGAACCAUCAUGGACCAGAGAAUCCAGCACUUUACCGGCCAAUGUGCUCUCCAGAUAGAUAUGGUCGCCGAGCACGACAGGUCUGCUGGCACUAUUCUAGAGGACGAUGUUACCAUGGAGAUAAUUGCAAAUUUUUGCAUGAGCUGAGAGGGGAAGAGCAAUGGUCUUCUGGUCAAGGGAGGUUCUAAAGUUCAGGCUAAAAACUUCGCUAGUUAUGUUUGGAACUUAUCGAUUCACCAAGUUUUGCAUAUGCGGGGAUUACCUUGUUUUCUAUGGCAGAUAACUAACUUAGAAUUUGAAGGAAUAUGAUAUGGCAAAUAAAUAGGAUACAAACAUGACUUGGGUUUGUAUAACGUGUUCAGACUUAAAAUAACCUGUUAAUUCAGGAA